GAAAGAGAGAGAGAGAGAGAGAGAGAGAGAGAGAGAGAGAGAGAGAGAGCGCGUCAGAUCAUAUUGCAAAGAUGAAGAGAGCGGACGAGGACAAGGGAAGUGAACAAUUACACCGAUUCUUUUCUCAAUUCCUGCACUCCUCUGGACUUUGAUGCUAAGGGACCAAGGAGGGAUUUCUCCCCAGGACAGAACACCUAGAUACACACACACACACACACACACACACACACACACACACACACACACACACACACACACACACACACUCUGCUCAGGACCGGAAUCGUCUUUAAAGGAGUUUAUCUGGAAACGCUAAAUUAAAGUGGAAAAGGAAAAAAAAGACGAGACACUUAGGACUGGAGGCCAGUCUCUCUCUCACAGUGUGUGUGUGUGUGUGUGUGUGUGUGUGUGUGUGUGUGUGUGUGUGUGUGUGUGUGUGUGUGUGAAAGAGAGAGAGAUGGACGGAGUGUCUGUGUCCACUGGGAGCUGCUGCAGCCCCUCUGAUCAAAUGCUCCAGUUUGGAUAACACGCACACACACACACACACACACACACACACACACACACACACACACACACACACACACACACACACACACACACUGUGCGGCUGCAGGAAACACAAGGCUUCUGGAUUUUCCCCAUCACUAUUCCUGGAGCUGCUCCAAACCUGUCUGCUUUAACCCCUCCACUGACACCCCAGGACUGAACCACUGCCACAGGAAGGGGGAGUCAGUGAAGGGGGGAAUACUUAUUCGGUACUGUUUGUACAUCUUACGGAAGAGAAAGUAAAAAACAGACAGAUAAACGAUGAGUGUGAGCCGCAUGAGCCGAUACAGCAUCGUGUCGUCGGAGGAGGACGCGCUGCGCCUGACCACCAUCCACGGCUGCAGCAGCGUGAACGGCUAUGGCAACGGGAACGGAAAGGUCCACACGCGCAGGAAAUGCCGUAACCGCUUCGUGAAGAAGAACGGACAGUGCAACGUCCACUUCACCAACAUGGAGCAGAAAUCUCAGCGCUACCUGGCCGACAUCUUCACCACCUGUGUGGACAUCCGCUGGCGCUACAUGUUGUUCGUGUUCACACUUGUGUUUGUAGUGUCCUGGCUAGUGUUUGGUUUGGCGUUCUGGGUAAUCGCACUGCUCCAUGGUGACCUGGACAACCCUGCAGGGGACGACAGUUUCACACCUUGCGUCCUGCACGUAAACGGCUUCUUGGCAGCAUUUCUGUUCUCUAUCGAGACACAGACGACCAUCGGUUACGGUUUCCGCUGUGUGACAGAGGAGUGUCCGGUCGCCAUCUUCCUUGUAGUCUUCCAGUCCAUUGUGGGCAGUAUUAUUGAGUGCUUCAUGAUUGGCGCCAUCAUGGCAAAAAUGGCGCGGCCCAAAAAACGUACUCAGACACUUCUGUUCUCCAAAAACGCUGUCAUCGCCAUGAGGGAUAGUAAACUCUGCCUCAUGUGGCGUGUCGGGAACCUUCGUAGGAGCCACAUCGUUGAAGCUCAUGUCCGAGCGUUGCUAAUCAAACCGCGUGUGACUGCUGAGGGCGAGUACAUCCCGCUAGACCAGCUGGAUAUUAACGUUGGCUUCGAUCAAGGACUCGAUCGGAUCUUUUUAGUCUCACCGAUCACCAUUUUGCACGAGAUUGAUGAGGAGAGUCCGCUGUACGGAAUCAGCAAGAGGGAUCUGGAGACAGCAGACUUUGAGAUCGUGGUGAUCCUCGAGGGGAUGGUGGAGGCCACGGCCAUGACAGCACAGGCUCGUAGCUCAUACUUGGCAAGCGAGAUCCUGUGGGGCCACCGGUUUGAGCCAGUGCUUUUUGAGGAGAAGAACGAGUACAAAGUGGACUACUCACACUUCCACAAGACCUACGAGGUUCCAUCUACGCCACGCUGCAGCGCUAAAGACAUGCUUGAGAGCAAGUGUGUAUCUGCUGCUGACAAUGCCUCCACAUUCUGCUAUGAGAAUGAGCUGGCUCUGCUCAACCGUGAUGAGGAAGAUGAGGAGGACUGCAGCAAGAGAGAGCAUCAAGACUUUGAACAGAUGUCUCGGAGCCUCGAGCAAAGGUCUUAUCGCCGCGAGUCUGAGAUUUAACCCCUUCUGACCUUUUCAUACAUCUUAGUUUAACGAUGCAGAACAAUGCAAAAGUGCCAUAAUGAGAGGCUUGGAACUGUGCAUGGUUUGGUGAGAGGGUGUGUGUGUGUGUGUGUGUGUGUGUGUGUGUGUGUGUGUGUGUGUGUGUGUGUGUGUGUGUGUGUGUGUGUGUGAGAGAGAGAGAGAGAGAGAGAGAGAGAGAGAGAGAGACUGUGAGUGAAAUUCUAGAAGAGAAAUGAUGCACAGUUCAGGCAGAGACUUUUUUUUAAAAUCCUGCACAGAAACUUGAAUCUUUUCCUUCUUCUUGUUUUAUUUUUCAUAAAUCUAAUCUUCAGAGUUUGUAAAUAUUUUUGCGUAGAUAGUUUAUGAUUUCGUGUGAAUUAUUGCCUUUGUUUUAGAGAGAGAAAGAGAGAUAGAAUUCUUUUUUGUUGUUGUCUAGAACUGUUGCCCUCAAAUACACACAUUACCCUUUAAGGUUGCACUACCUAGACACACACACACACACACACACACACACACACACACACACACACACACACACACACACACACACACAGAGAGUUGAUCUCUAUAAUUAUCUUUAACACAUCCUGCUUUUCCAUAGUUCCGAGUUCCUGUAAAAAAGAGUGGGCGGAGCUUAGGUUUCAUUUGAGCAGCUAUGAGCACGAUGGUUUAUCUAACAUUAGCUAGCCUGUUAGCCAUCUUAGGGUUACUAACAUUAUGUAAUACAAAUUAAGCUUCAGACUAUUGAGACUAGUGGUGAUGUCACAUAUAAAGGGUUUGCAGUUAAUCAAAUGCAACAUAAGCUCCACCCCUUUUUCUUCAGAGACAGCUUUUAGUCUACCAAUCAGGACACACGGUGAAUGAUGAGAUAGAGAUGUAAUAUGAGUAAUUAAGAGUAAUAAUAAUGACUGGACAAUAAAACAGUUUACUUAACGUUAGCCAAAGAUAAAGAUGAGAGUACGUGACCUAAGCCACGCCCAUUUUCAUCCCUCAGCAAAAAUCUGGAUGUGAUUCUUUAUAUUAAUUCAAUUAUAUUUAAUUAGUCAUGUAUAUAAAUGUUUUACAUAAUUUAAUUACAUUCAUUUUCCCACUUUAAUAUUCAAACCUCAGGACCAGAACAAGGCUGCUGUGUGUGUGUGUGUGUGUGUGUGUGUGUGUGUGUGUGUGUGUGUGUGUGUGUGUGUGUGUGUGUGUGUGUGUGUGUGUGUGUGUU